AUGGUCGUCGUCGCAGUCGCCGGUGCCACUGGCGGCAUCGGCCGUGCUAUUGUGGAAGCCAUACAACAAGCCGGCACUCACGAUGUGAUCAUCUUCAGCCGAAAGGCCAACCCGACCCUUUCCAACGAGCUCAACGUGCCCAUCAUCGAGGUCGACUACGCGGACGUGGAGGCCACGACAGGGACGUUGGAGAAACACAACGUCCACACGCUGAUUUCGGCCUUGACCACCACCCAGUCCCUGAAAGUACGAGACCAGAUCCCCGAGAUCCAGCUCAUCCAAGCCGCGGACGCCGCCAAAGCCACGCGACGAUUCGUUCCGAGUGACUGGGGCAUCCCCUUGGACGAGGGGGACCGGGACGUCCUGUUCAACGCAGGCUUCAAGCUCGACAGCAGGAAGGCGCUCGAGGAGACGACGGACCUCGAGCACACGUCCUUCCAUAACGGCUUCUUCCUCGACUACUGGUGCAUGCCCGCGGUGAAGUCCCACAUGACCCCCUGGACGGUCGUGGUCGACAUGGCGAGCAACGCCGCGGUCCUGCCCGGCUCCGGGGACGUGAACGUCACCUUCACCCACACGUCUGACGUCGGGCGGUACGUUGCCGCCUGGCUCGACGUGCGAGAGUGGGAGCCGCGCACCUUUCUCGUCGGCGAGACGGUGACGUGGAAUCAGUUCCUUGCCAUUGCGGAGGACGUCAAGGGUACAAAGUCUGUAAAGUACGAGGGGGACGAGGUGUACCGCAGCGGGAAGGCGACGAUCCUGCCGUCGCAGAAGGUUGGGCUGCACUGGUUCUCCGAGGACACCUUGCAGACGAUGCUGUCGUCGUACAUGCUUUUGUUUGAUCAAGGCAGGUUCGAUCUCAGUGCGAGGUCGUCGAAUGCCCAGUUCCCCGAGAUCAAGCCGAUGAAGGUAAGGGAGGCGUUGGAGAAGGCUUGGGCGAGGCGUUGA